AUGUGUCUAUCCGAGAAUGAAUGUACUAGUAGAAUAUUUAAUACAUCAGAGAUCAUUUUUACAUGUUUAUCCGAUAUUGUAAUCAAUGAACUUCCAUUGUACAACUAUACUGCUGAUAAAUUGGCUAAUAUAACAUCAAUUAUAGUAAAUGGUGUUGACGACAAUACUCGAGGUCCGUUUACAUCAAUUCCUCCAAAUAUUUGUUUAUUACCUAAUUUAAAGAAUAUCGAUUUUUCAUAUAAUCGCAUUGGUCAAGUCGAUCCAGCAAACGUAUUGAGUGAUUGUUUAUCUAGUGUGACUACAUUCGAUGUUAGUGAUAAUAAUAUAUCUGAAUUUCCAUCUGCUAUGAUUUAUAAUAUGCCAACAUUACAGAAGCUUUAUUUUCGAUUUAAUCAACUUACUGAUGUACCUGGCAAUGUUUUUUUUAAUUUAUCAAAUCUAGACAUAAUUGAUUUUUCACAUAAUUCUUUGACAAAUUUUGAAUUAUGGGCUUUGUUAGUGAAUAAAAGCGCAGACUUUAGCAACAAUCAAAUUUCUACUAUAACGAAUACUGCUUUUUAUAAUAUAUCUGAAUAUACAUUGUCAGAUGCAACAAUUAAUCUCACUAAUAAUAGCGCAACGAUAAAUUUAACUGAUGUCGUAUAUGAAAUGUAUGGUUCAUGUAGUGAAGUUUAUUAUUGGCUCAAUUCAUCCACGCCAGAUCCACUAAUAACUAAACCAAUAUUGUCUUCAGCUCUGUCGUAUAUUGAUUUUGGAACAACUAGAAUUAACUGUAGUUGUGAUCAAUCUUAUAUUGUGGCAAUGAUUUCUACGAUUUUUGCUGAUAGUAAUCCAGCAGCAACUUCAAGAAUACCAAUAUACAGCGCAAAAUGUCUCGAUGGUACAUUAUUUAUUGACAAUACUUGUACUUUUGAUAUUGAUCUACCUAAUUCAUCUGUCGAUUUUUCAAAAGUUUAUCCAAGACAAUGCAAAAUUUAUGAAUAUGAAUCUGGUAAUCUGACUACUAUUUCGAAUAUCAGUGUUCCUACCAUAAAUGUGUCAACUUAUCCACAUUAUGAAACCAAAAUGAUGGAACCAGGUGCAUGUUUCUUUAAUUUUUCGAAUAUGACUACAGUAAGAAUUAAAUGUACAAAAGACAUAUCAGAUUCAUCGACUAUUCCUUCCGAAUUACUUUCAAGUGAUUAUUUUUCUAAUAUUAGACGUGUUGAUUUUGCUCGUUCUAUCUCAUCUUUACCAUCAUAUAUUUGUUCAUUACCAUCACAUGAUAUUGAUUUGAGUUUUCAAUCAUUCACCAUACUUAAUGAUGAAACAUUUCCAUGUCUUGAUUGGUUUCGUUCAGUUAGCUUAGCUAAUAAUCAAAUGACAUCCGUAAAUAUGAGAAGUGGUAAUUUUACUAAUUUAACUUUACUUGACCUAUCAUCAAAUCAACUUACAGGAAUUCCUUAUUCAAUUCUUAUACCUACGCCAAGUUCUUUGCGUUUUCUUGAUUUAAGAAAUAAUUCAAUUACUUCAAUUGAUCUUUUUCUUUACACACUUAAAAAUAUUACAAUCGAUCUUAGGGAUAAUCCAAUAAAUAUUUCAAGUAUUAUUAAUCCACUAAAUGUAACAUUACCAUUAGCGAAUAACACAAAUUCAACAACCAUUAUAACUUUUCCAUCAUCUGUAACGAAUAGUACAUAUAUUUUCAAUGAUCAAACAGCUUUAACUGCUGGUACAUGUAAUCGUUAUGCUGUUCUAGCAUAUCGAAAUACUCUUCAAUCGGUCUACAAUAAUAUUUUACUAGAUUGUACAUGUGCAUCUAUAAAUUUGAAAGAAAUUUUUUUACGAAAUCAAUCUGAUAUUACUCAAGAUUUUACUUGUUCAAAUGGAACAUCAACAGUUAGUUUUAAUGCUUUAACAAUUUUAUCUUGUGGAUCGGCGACUUUGAAUUUUUCGUCAGGAUUAUGUUUGAAUGAAUCAUUACAGACAUUUUUGGAUAACACAACAAUGGAAUCUUUAAGCACUCAUGUUCAGUUAACUAGUACUUCUCUAACUAUUCUUAUAAUAAAUUCAUCAUCAUCAUCAUCACCAAAUGUAACAAAAAAUCAGCAAUAUAUAAGUUUACCUGAAUUCGAAGGAAAAGGUAUUGACUUUUAUACACUACAAAUAACUAAUAACUCAAAACAAUUAUCAACUCUAUAUAUUGAAACAAUAACAUCAAAAAACUCUUCUUACUCAAAAUUUACGUCAAUAUCUUCGUCAAGUGAUAGUCAUUCAAUGACUAUUUCAUCGGCAAUAAAUCCAAUAGCAAUUUCAAUCGACACCACAACUACAUUACCGACUAUACCCUCUCUUUCUAGUAUAUUAUUAACAACUAAUGCAACAGAAACAGUAACAGAUAACAAUAUGAUGAUCAGUACGGACUGGACAACAACGACAACAACGACUACAACGUCAACUUCAACUUCAACUACAACGUCAACCUCCUCUACGACUACAACGUCAACCUCCACUACGACUACAACGUCAACUUCGACUACAACUACAAGCGUAACUACUACCUCGUCUUCAACAUCAACAUCUACUUCAACCACAACGACAACUACAACAACCAGCGUAACUACUACUUCGACUUCAACAUCAACAUCUACUUCAACCACAACGACAACUACAACAACCAGCGUAACUACUACCUCGACUUCAACAUCAACAUCUACUUCAACCACAACGACAACUACAACUACGACGACUACGAAGACAAUUGCUGCGAUUGAUUCAAGUACAAAUCGUACUGGCUUAAUUGUUGGUCUUGUUCUUGGUUUAGUGGGAUUUUUUGCAUUAGUUGGUGGUUUUAUCGCUGCUAUUGUUGUUCUCAAAGCAAGGGCUGCAAGCAAUGCUACAGUAACAAAUAAACCGGUCGUUCGAACAAUGGCUAUCAGUCAAGCACCUCCAGAUUCUCUCUUAGAAUCUCGUUUACAAACAAGAAAUUUACGACCUGUUCGAUUGACACCACUUACUACUCAAACAUCGCAAUUACCUCGGCCAUCUUUUGGUUCGGUAGUAUCUGAAACGACUACUACACAUGCUUCAAUGACAAAAUUGCAUAGAUCUGAUCCACAAAGAUCGUCAAGAGGUAUUCCACUUCGACUUGAUGCAAUUAGGUCAGCAAGCAGUAUUGUUCCACAAUAUGCACCAAGUUCAUAUACUUCUAAUAAGCCUUCUAAUUAUGAUCCUAUAAAUAAUUUAUCUAAAACUCAACGUCCUUAUCUUCAUCAACAAGUUCAAGAACCAAGAGCCUGA